CACCUCUUCUGUUAAAGAGUUUCAAUGGGUUGUGUUACGAAACACCUUGCAUCUUAUAUAAGCAUGACUAUCAAAAUUAGUCUGUGUCAGCGACCAAUCCUACUGUUACACAGGUUACCAAGUUCAGUGCAACCGUGUGUACUCCACCCAGUAGAAAACGUUAACUGUGAGAGAGUUUUGUCCAGAAAUCUACAUACCUGCAUUUGUAACAGGCAUGUAAACACACUCAAUAUUCCACGGAUUUCUUCCAAAGCACGCUCCUUUCAUGUGUCUGCAUCUGUAGUAUCGCUGUUUCUGGUGACUUUGCCAGCACGUGUUGAAACACUACUCAGGACAAGUCUCAGGCACCACAGUGACUCAGAGUCAGACAGUGAAGUUAAAGAUCAUGGAGUAAAAGAAGUUGUCAUGAUGCAGAAACCAGAACUUUCAGGUGCUUUGAAACAAGCCAAAGAAGAGGCUUUAUAUGGGCUUUUGGUGGCUGAUGCUCUUUCUAUGCCUGUCCACUGGUAUUAUAAUCCUGAUGAUAUUAAACGUGACUAUGGAAAAUGGCUGAGAGGCUUCACAGCUCCUAACAAAAAGCACCCAUCUUCUAUUUUGUCUUUAUCUGCUGUUGAUGGCAGUGGAAGGGGCACAGAGGGAUCCACCCUACUCAUAGGAAACAUUAUACUGCACGACAAGCUGAAGUACUGGACAGGGGGGAGUUCUACUCAUUAUCAUCAAGGUAUGAAUGCAGGAGACAAUACCCUCAAUGCUAUCAUGGCAUUAGAAAUGAUUAAGUCAAUGAACAUGAGAGACCCGGAGCUUACUAGACCAGUCAAAGAAGUGAGGGGUGGAGUGCUGGAGGACUAUGUCCAAUUCAUGACAACACCAGGGUCUCAUAAUGACACGUAUGCAGAGUCAUUUCAUCGAUCAUUCUUCAAGGACUGGGUGAUGAUGGAACCUCACCCAAGAACUGCAGAUGAGCUGAUAAAGUUUGCUGAAGAGAGGAGCAAGCGAAAGAUGACUCAGAAGCCAGACUCCCAGCUUGGUGUUAUAGGAUCUCUUGUGCCAGCAAUACCAUGGAUUCUUCACUCUGCACACAAAUCCGAAAAAGAAUGUGCAAAAGAAACGGUUGACUUUGUUCGCUUAACUCAUCCAGUUCCAGCUCUGCUGCCUUUUGUAGACAUGUACGCUCGUCUUUUACAUGCUGUGUUGAAUGGACAUGACCUUAAAACGGAAGUCUUGAAAGUCCUAAGUCAUUCUGAUCUUGGAGGUCCAUCUAAAAGACAGAUGAUUCUAAGUUUGCUUGAUAAAGCUUCCAGAACUCAAAAUUUAAAAAAAAUUCAUUUCAAAAACUACGCAGGGGAGAACUGCCACAGAGGUGCAGCACUGGGAGCGUUGCUAGGAGCUGCAGCGUCCAGAAGAGAAGAAGAUCCAGCAAUACUGAGGGACAACUUGAACUCAAUGAAGGUUGCAGCCAAUGAUGCUGCGUGGGCAUGAACAAGUUAUGAACAAUGAGACCAUUUCUGGCUUAUUUUACAAGGAGAACUUUUGCUGGCUUGCUUCACACAGAGAUCUGCUGGCUUAUUUCACACAGGCAUAUGUCGUUGUGUGCACCACUCUCAUAGAUUUUGGUACUGAACAGCUACAUAAAGAUGCAAGUAUAAGGUUUAAAAUUGAAAAACAACUGACUGUGAUUAAUUCUUAAACAGAUUUUGUCAAUUCUUAUAGAUUUUUGUGCUGCAAUAUCUAUGUAAAGAUGCAAGAAUAAGAUUGAAAAGUUGGAAGAAAAAAACUCAUGUCUCUGAGUUCUUCAUAAAUUCUUGCUUAUUUGUGUUACUGUGUGUUGUGAGAGAAAAACUGAGAGUUAUGUUUCGAAUGGUGGUGAAUGAAUUUUAUGCCUGCUGGUAAUGAGUACUCGUGCACCUAUUGUAAAGUGUCCUAAAGCCAUCUCGAUCUAUUGGUUGAUUAUAGGGGGUUCUAUAAAUUAUUA